UCCGAUCUUUCGCAGACCGCAGUUCGAACUCCUAGAGUAACUCCUAAUAAUUUGUAUAUUACCUAGGUUUGUUGUUAAUUUUAUGAAUUUUGAAGUUAUAGUUCAUACUUCUAACAUUGUUGAUUUCGUCUAGAAAAAAGUUACACCACGAUGAAUUAAUUGCCUAUAUUGCGUGAAUAUAUAAUAACACAUAACAAGGUUAUUAUUUCGGAAUUAUAUGUUUGCCGUAUGGUGCGUCGAACUGGGUUGGGGAUUCAGCGAUUUAUACAUUUGUUCUCAAAGAAAUUGUUCGCCGUUCCGCUGAUAAAUAUGGAAAAUAAUAUAUUACAACAUUCGAUUUCACUUAUUCACAAUAAAUCAGACGUCGGUGUACAGUGUUCCGCAGUGAACGGUUCAGAAACGACCGACUCUAAAACUGACGAAUGUUGGGCCACGGACGAAGAAGAGCGUCAAGAAAACUCAGAAGUAUUGCAGGUAAGCAAACGCAAACUCGACGGUCAGGCCGGGCACGCGAAGAAACCCCCUAAGAAAGUCAAACUGGAUCCGGUUGUAACGCGCCCUGGUUACUCGGCUGAGAGGUUUGACGAAACGUCGUAUUACAUCGAAAAUGGUCUGAGGAAGGUCUAUCCUUAUUACUUCACGUUCACCACCUACACCAAAGGACGAUGGGUGGGCAGGACCUUGAUGGACGUGUUUGGCGAGGAGUUUCGCGCCCACUCGUCCGAUGAAUACGAACGGCACAUCGAAAAGGGAUCGCUUACGAUAAACAACGAACGCGUGUCCCCCGACUACGUGCUGAAGCAUAAUGAUCUACUGGCGAAUGUGGUGCACAGGCACGAGGUGCCGGUGGCGAGUGGCACGAUCGACGUCAUACACCUGGACGACGAUAUCGUGGUCGUCAACAAGCCAUCCAGUAUUCCCGUGCACCCGUGCGGCCGUUACAGGCACAACACCAUGGUAUUCGUGCUGGCAAAAGAGUACGGUUUAAGGGACCUGAAGACCAUCCACCGACUCGACCGAUUGACCAGUGGCGUUCUGAUGUUCGGCCGGACGCAGAACAGGGCGCGGACACUGGAGGCGCAGAUACGGGACCGGGUGGUGAACAAACAGUACGUGUGCCGCGUCGAAGGCAAGUUUCCCGAGGCUGUGGAGUGUGAGCAGCCGAUCGAAGUGAUCAGCUACAAGAUCGGUGUGUGCAAGGUGUCACCGAGCGGGAAACAGUGCAGCACCUCGUUCCAGCUGAUCGGGUACAACGAGCAGGCGAACACCAGCGUUGUGCUGUGCAAGCCCCGUUCGGGCCGCAUGCACCAGAUCCGCGUCCAUUUGCAGUACCUGGGACAUCCGAUCCAAAACGACCCGUUGUACAACGACACCAUAUUCGGUCCGGAGAAGGGGCGAGACGGCAAUUUUGGUAAGACCGAUGAGCAACUGGUCCGAGACCUGAUAAAAGCUCACAACGCCGAAAGUUGGUCGGUGGUUGAUAACGGACUUCCUGUUUUACCUGCGGCUAACGAUGGACUUCUGGUUUUACCAAUGGCCGACGACGGACUUCCUGUUUUACCGGCGGCCGUGGACAACGGCAGCGGUAAUCUGGCAUUGCCGCUGCGGCAGGCCACGAAUGGUGAGUUGAAGAGCGGUGUAGCGGUCGACGCGUCCGUACAAACGGGAAUCGACGUGCCGGAUGUAGAAUUUGACAAGAAAAAGCUCACCGUGGAUACUCACUGUCAGGAGUGCAAAAUUCGUUACAAGGACCCAGAACCGACAGAUCUUGUUAUGUAUCUUCACGCCUUGAGGUAUAGUGGACCGGACUGGGCGUACGAAACGCCUAUGCCGGCAUGGGCUGAUGUCAAUUGGAAAGAGCCGUGAAUCACGGCCCGUGAUGUUAUUCCUCUUAGUACAUGUUUAGACUAAUGUACAUGUUAACAGUAUACUGUACCUUGCUAAUGGUAGUUUUGUUCUUGAUUUAAAUUGUGUUUUAUCAAUUUAUUGCCGUUGUUCGUAAAUGUUAAUAAUAAAAUAUUAUUUUCAAUUUUAACAUGAAUUUUGUAAUAGGAUGACUGCCAUCACUUAGAGAUGUGAUUAAUUAAUUAAUUUUACUGAAAAAUGUAAAUUUACAUCAUAAAUUUAAUCACCCAUAAUUUUUUAUUGACAAAAUUGUAUUGGAAGUGUCCUUGACGAUAUUUAGAAGUUAAAAUAAUAUACUGUAUAGUGUAUUUUACAACCAUAUACCUAAUGUGUUACAUGUCGCCGUGUAGGUAUAUUAUUAUUGUGUUAAUAUGUAUAGUUAUUAUAUUACAUUUACAUACUUACAAGUACUAUUGUCUAUUACUAAUAAAUAAUAGGCAACCGUUCAACAGUCAUUCUAAUAAAGUAAUAAAUAAGUUCAGUAAAAUAAUGUAAGAAAAUCAGUUGGUUCAAUAGAAUAAACAUGACUUUCAUUAAAUUUAAGAAAAUACAAAUUAUACUUAUAAAUGUAAUUUAUUAUAAAAUGUUUAAUUUAAUAUAUCUAAUAUGUUUAUUUUUUUAAUUAAAUUUUUAUUUCACAAUUUGUUAAUUAUAACAGAACUUGAGUGUCAUGAGCAAAUUAUUGAAAUCACUAUUACUCAUAUUGUUAUGAUUAAUUUUUAUUUAAUUGAUAAAACAUUUAAAUUAAAUGUAUUAAGUUGUAUUACAAUAUUAAUAUUAUGAUUCCAACCACAAUUGAAACUAUUAAACAUGUAAAUUAUUGUACUUAUUAUUGUUAAAUUAAUUUUUUUUAAACAUUUUAAGUUCUAAUUAUGAUAUAAAUACCAUGGCCAUGGAAUUUUUAAAGAUCAUUGAUGUACAUAGUCUAUUACUAUUUUGUAAUAUUAAUUGGAAUAUAUUUUUAAAUGUAAACAUCAUAAAUCAGUUGAAAUUAAAGUAUUUACAUUAGUAAACUUUAUAAUAUUUGGUGUCAUUAUUUAUCAAGUGUAUAAAAUAAUCUGAUCAAUAAAACUUUUACAUAUCACUAAGGAUCAUAACCAGUGGUGUAAUGUAAAAUAUUGGACAGGAGGAUGAUAUAAAUCAGAAAAUAUUUAUAUUUUAGAUAUGUAUAUGAACAUUUUAUUGAUUUGAUUUAUUUUCAUAGAACUAUACCAACAUUUUAUUAAAUGGUAUAAUUCUAUAAUAUAUAUAAUAGCGUAUAAAAAUAGGUAUAUUCAAAAUACAUAAAGAAAAAUAGAAAUUGAGAAUAGAUACAACACAAUUUUAUAGAGUUAUGAAUGUAUUUAAUUUUAUUUGUACUACAGAAAUCGGACACACAAUAGAUAAAUAUAUUAACCACCAGAUUCCUAUUUAUAUUCGGUUAAUAUUAUUAAAC